AUGAAUGAUUCUAUUCAAUUAAGUGCCUUAACUGCAGAAGCUACUGAAAAAUCAAAUUUAUCGACUACAGUAAUGUCUACAAGACUAUCACCACAUAUAUGUACAACAAAUGAUCAAAUAAUAGUAGCAUCCAAAAACAGUGAUCCUAGCGCAUCCCUCACCAUAGCCCAACCAUCUGUAAUAGAACCACCACCACCAUCAUCAUCAUCAACCAUAUCGACUUGUUGCAAUUACACUUCGUGCAGAUCAAAAAUCCCUGAUUCAAGUAUACAUUCAAAUACAGGUAUACAAAAUAUCAAUAAAGUGACAGUUCCUGAAACUGCAAAUAUUCUAAAUAUUGACCAUCCUACCCUAAAUAAUACACCAAGGUCACAAACAGAUAUUAAUAAUGCACAAGAAUUACCAUCUUCCCUGGAAUCGCAGUUGUUGUCUCCAAAUCAACCUACCGCUGCAGAAAUAAUACAACAGAGAUUACAGCUAAAAGAACAAAAUUUAAUAGAUAUUAAGAAUCAAUGUUCAUUAUUGAUUAGCGAAUUGGAUUCCAAUCAAGAUCCAGAGGCUGUUGUAAAGAAACAUGUUAUGCAAUUAAAAAAGUACAAUGACUUGAAAGACAUUGCUUUAGAUUUAGUUCGAUUGAUUGCUGAACAGCGUCAUGUGAAGACCACUGAUCUUUUUAAUUUAAGUGAGAAUGAGAAUAAGGAGAAUUGA